AUGUUGGUGGCAGGGCUAAGCUGGACUCGAGCUAAGAUGGAGAGACAUCAACGGAGAGGAGAGCCUCAUACGAGUUUAUCCUCGCUCAUCACCCUGAUCGCCAUCGCCGUCCCUCUGGUAUCAGCAGCAGCCACUCUUACCGACGACUCAAAAUGCGAAUGUUACCUAACAAAUGGGACGCAAGCCUCCUUCUUCGCCACCCAUCGGUUUUUCGACUUCCGAAGCCUCGCUAAGAACGCCGGCGUGCCUCCCACCAUCGUAAAAUCUGACGACAGCGGGAGCGCGCCCGUCACUAGCGAAUACUUCACGACCAAAGAAUGGACCGAUACAUUCAUGGUGCUAGGCUGGGACAACAGCCACCAGGUUCGCGAGGACGCCACCGUACUGAUGGUCAACUCGCCCAACAACGUCUACAUCGAGGCCAACGGCGACCGGAACCCUUCCUCCCAAACCUGGCUCACCCUGCGCACCCAACGUCUCAAGGACUUCCAAACCGCUGCCGAGAUCGAGUCUCGCAGAGGGUUCCAGUACCUCUCCGUCCGCAUGCUCGCCCGCACCGUCGGCGCGCCGGGCGCCAUCACCGCCCUCUUCACCUACCGCGGCUCCGACCGGCUCGCGGACGUGCAGGAGUCUGAUAUCGAAGUGCGCACCAUGGACCCGCGCAAUACGAUCCAGUAUACCAACCAGCCGUCGUAUACGGAGGAAGGCGAACAGAUCGACCACGCCACCAAGAAUGUCACCUUGCCUAAUGGACACCCGGAUUGGACCCACUGGGCUGUGCACAGGCUGGACUGGACGCCCAAGGAGACGGUCUGGUAUGUGGAUGGGACCGAGGUCGCAACUAUCUCGUUCCAGACGCCCAGGGAUCCUAGCAAGGUUAUCCUGAACGCGUGGAGCGAUGGUGGCGAGUGGAGCGGGAAUAUGACGGUUAAUGAGGCGGCGUAUUUGCAGAUUCAGUGGUUGGAUAUUGUGUAUAACGCUACGGAUGAGGAUCCGGCGAAGAAGAUGAAGAGGCAUGAUGAUGGGACAGCUACCGUAUUGGGUGCAAGAAGCGGGGAUGAUGAGGAUGAAGAGGGUGGCUGUGAUGUGGUCUGCAGUAUUGAUGAGACGACGGAGAGGGGGAGCCGGUGA